CUAGCGACGAGGAAGAGCAUUGGAGAUUCUCGGGUUUCUAUGGUUGGGCUAAGAGAGGGGAGAGGUUUAAAUCAUGGGACCUGCUCCGUAGCAUGAGAAAUGGAUGUAACCUCCCAUGGGUGUGCAUGGGGGAUUUUAAUCAGAUCCUAUCUGGAGAAGAAAAAAGAGGUGGAAACCCUAUUGAUGAGACUAAUGCGUUAGAAUUUAGGGAGGCUCUGGAAUUCUGUGGUCUUUUAGAUUGUGGUUACGAGGGCUACCCCUUCACGUGGGAGAAUAGCAGGGAAAAUGAGAACUAUAUUGAGGAAAGAUUGGACCGAUGUGUGGCAAAUUGGGACUGGAAGUUGAACUAUCCUAACCACAAAGUUUCCCAUCUUGAUUGGUGUGGUUCGGAUCACUGUCCAAUUCUGCUGACAACAGCUGGAAAGGAGGAAGAAGAGAUCAGAUGGGGCUGGUAUUUUAAGGUGGAACCCCUAUGGUUGCAAGAUCCAGAAUGUGCCGAGAUUAUCAAGAAGACUUGUGAAGCUAAUGCAGGGGCUGGUCUUUCGGACAUAUUAAACAUCUGCAAAGCUGACUUGUUAAAGUGGAGUAGACAGAAAUCUGGGGAUAUAAGAAGGAAGAUUGAAAGAGUUGAAGGCUUGUUAAGUUCUUUCAAGUAUAAACCAAAGACUAGGAUUGUUUUGGAACAAAGAAGAGCUCUUGAAGCUGAAAGAGCUGAAUUGAUCUACCAAGAAGAACUGUUCUGGAAGCAAAGGUCGAGAAUGGAUUGGCUAAAGGGAGGGGACAAAAACUCAAAAUUUUUUCAUACAAAAGCCUCUGCUAGAAGGAAAAGAAAUACUAUAAGGAUGCUUCAAGAUGAUGGGGGGAGAAUCUAUAAAGGACAGAAGGAAGUGAUGAGCUGUCUCUCUGAUUAUUACCAGACUUUAUUCAAAAAGGGAUCUGUCCCAGAUUCUGAUAAAGUAAUCCAAGCUCUAGAGCAGAAAAUUACCCCUGGCAUGAAUGAACAAUUGUUGAGACCUUUUAAGCCGGAUGAGGUAAAGCUGGCCCUUGAUCAAAUGGCUCCUAAUAAGGCUCCGGGGUCUGAUGGCUUCUCAGCGGGUUUCUAUCAGAAAAACUGGAAUGCUAUAGGGCCUAAGGUAACUGAGACUGUUCUAAAUUUCUUAAAUUCUGGUAUAAUGCCCCCUGAGUUUAAUCAUACCCUUAUUGCCCUUAUUCCUAAGGUGAAGUCUCCCUCGACAGCUAAGGAGUUUCGACCCAUUAGUUUGUGCAGAGUAAUCUACAAGAUUAUUUCGAAGGUGUUGGCCAACAGAUUAAAGGUUAUCCUCAAUGACAUCAUUUCUGAGGAACAGAGUGCUUUUGUGCCUAGAAGAUGCAUUACUGAUAAUGUUAUUAUUGCUUUCGAAUGUUUUCAGUUUAUGAAGAACAGAAAAAAGGCGAAGGAUGGGUAUUUUGCGGCAAAACUCGAUAUGGCUAAGGCUUAUGACCGAGUCGAAUGGAGUUUUCUGGAGAAGGUUAUGAGAAAGCUGGGGUUCGAUGGAAGAUGGGUUAAUAUUAUUAUGAGUUGUGUAACUAGUGUUUCCUACUCGGUGCUUGUUAAUGGUCACAAAACAGACUGUUUUAUUCCAUCUAGAGGCCUACGACAAGGGGAUCCCCUUUCCCCCUAUCUGUUUCUCUUGUGUGCCGAGGGUCUGUCUGCUCUGAUUAAGAAAGCAGAAAAGGAAGGUCAACUCAAUGGGAUCCAGAUUAGAAAGAAGGCUCCAACUAUUUCCCAUCUCCUAUUUGCUGAUGAUAGUUUGGUCUUCGGAAGAGCAGUGUUAAGUGAAUGUGAUACCCUUAAAGGGAUUCUGAAAUGUUAUGAAGAGGAGUCAGGGCAGCUUAUCAAUUAUAACAAAUCUGAAAUCUCUUUCAGUACUAAUGUGAAGACAAGCAGGAGACUAGAGAUUGGUGGUACAUUGAAAAUCAAGGAGGUGACUAAACAUCCUAAAUAUCUAGGCCUGCCUACCGUUGUAGGAAGAUCGAAGAAGGAGAUGUUUGAAGAUAUCAAGGAGAAAGUUCGUAAGAAGCUGAAAGACUGGAAAAUCAGGACGCUAUCCCAAGCUGGGAAAGAGAUAAUGAUAAAAGCGGUAGCCCAAGCCCAGUUUCUUUACCCUAUGGCGGUUUUUCUAAUCCCGGAAGGAACUUUAAAGGAGAUUCAGAGUUUGAUCUCUAACUUCUGGUGGGGUCAAAAGGGGAAGGAAAGAAAGCUUCAUUGGUUAAGCUGGGAGGAUCUAUGCGAGGAGAAAGAGUAUGGAGGGAUGGGUUUUAGGGAUCUUCGCUCUUUCAACCUGGCUAUGCUCGGAAGACAAGUAUGGAAGAUUAUCAGUCAACCAAACUCACUGCUGACCAGAACCCUGAAAGCGAGCUAUUUCCCAAAGUCGGAUAUUCUCAAUGCAAAAACUGGCUAUAAUCCAAGUUUCAUCUGGAGGAGCAUUAUGGCUGCCAAGGAUAAAAUAGUGGAGGGAUUUAGAUGGCGUGUGGGGGAUGGGAAGUUGAUUAGGAUUUGGGAUGAUGCCUGGAUCCCAGGCAAAACCUAUUUCUUUGCGGAUCCGCAGCCAGGAGGGGUGGACUCGGAGGAGAAGGUAUCAUCACUGAUCAUCGAAGAUAGUGGAUGCUGGGAUGAGAGAUUGUUAAAGGAAAAGUUUUCCAAACGGGAUUGUGAGCUGAUUUCGAAAAUACCUUUAAGAUAUCCCCUGAACAGGGAUGAGAAAGUUUGGACUGAUACCGAUGAUGGGAAAUACUCUGUUAAGUCUGCAUAUAGCAGGAUUCGAGAAAAUCAAGGCAACACAAUCUAUUCGCUGAAUCUCUCUAUGGAUGAUUUGGAUUUCUGGAAGACCCUCUGGAAGACUCACAUCCCUCCUAAGAUUCGACAGUUUCUAUGGAAAGUUGGCAGGGGGAUCUUACCGGUGGGCCGCAAUUUGGUUGAGUGGAUGGACGAUGCGAGCACUGAAUGCCCCUUCUGCGGGCUCCCUGAAACCCAGACUCAUGCUCUGCGGGAGUGCAGUUGGAUCCGUCGUCGAUGGCAGGCCUGGGAAGGAAAGCAAUUAUUUGAAUUGGGUGAGGGAAAAUCAAGCUAUGAAUGGCUCAAAGAGGUUUGGGGGAAAUGCCCGAAUGACUUAAUCCAGAAAUUCAGUGUGGUGCUUUGGUACCUGUGGAAGGAGAGGUGCAACCACCUGUUUAACAAUGCCAAGAUCGACGAAGAAAUGGUUAUACCCAAAGCUCUGGGCUGGUUGCAAUCUUUUCUCGAUGCCCACCCUCCUCCUCCCAUUUCUGGUGAUGAUAGUCAAAUUGAUAGGCGUGAAGGCUGGACUCCUCCCCCGAUCGGAGUUUUCAAGAUGAAUUCAGACGCUGGAUUGCUCGGUCAGCAGGGAGUGGGGUUUGGUUGUGUAAUCAGGGACUCGAGUGGCAACUUUUGUGGGGCUACAGCGAAGAAGGAACGGGGGAUCUGCAGACCCAUUGAAGCCGAGGCGAAAGCAAUUAUUAUGGGGAUCAGGGAAGCAAACAGGCGAGGUUUGAGUCCUUUCAUUGUGGAAACAGACUGUCUGAGGCUUAUCCACAAACUCGAGAAGGAGGAGAAUGACACUACCGAGCUGGGCAUCUGGUGCGAGGAAAUUAAGAAAUUGGCGAAGGCAAAUGAGGUUCUCUCGGGAGUAUCGACGAGAUGGGGUUAUACACAUAGAAAGAACAACUCUAUAGCCCACUGGCUGGCACACUCUUGCUUCUGCUGGGAUAGGCAAUUUGUGUGGGUUGAUAAUCCCCCCACUUCUCUCCUACUUUUGUUACAGGCCGAUUUGGGCCAGGCCAGCUUUGGGCCGAACUGAGUUUCUGAGUUAUUGGAAUACAGGUGACCAUCAAAAAAAAAAAAAAAAUAAUACAGUAUUGG